AUGCAUGAGAUAAUCACUCUUCAGUUUGGCCAUUUUACAAAUUUCGUAGGAACACAUUUUUGGAACACGCAGGAAGCUUGCUUUUCUUAUUCAGAAAACUCAACCGAACCAAAUCCAGAGAUCAUUCAUGAUGUCUUGUUCCGUACAGGUGUUACUCAAAAGGGAGUAGAAACAUACACCCCUCGGUUGCUGCUUUACGAUUUAAAAGGGGGUUUGGGAUCAUUGAAUAAGUUUAGAUUAUACGAGGGGGAAAUACCAGACACACAGUCAUCGGAUCAAUACGUCACAUGGGAUGGGAGGACGGAAACGUAUGCACAAGAACCGUAUGAGCAGAAUGCUUACUUGAAAUCACUAGAAGAAGAGGUAGAACCGACAAGCAACCACACACAGAUGGAUUUGGACAUACAGGAAGAAGAAGAUGUCGAUUAUCACUUGGAUGACAUAGUAACAACCUGGUCCGACUAUAAUAAAAUGUAUUACCACCCAAAGAGUAUCAAUCAGAUAAACCAGUAUCAAUUGGACGGAUAUAUACCAUUCGAUGUAUUCACUUACGGACGGAAUGCGUUUGAUGCACACGAAAAGGAAACAGAAUCAUUUGACCAGAAUUUUAGAUUUUUUGCUGAAGAAUGUGAUAGCAUUCAGGGCUUUCAUGUCAUGACAGAUAUAAUCGAUGGGUUUGGCGGAUUCGCAAGCGGUUUUAUCGAAACAUUGCGAGACGAGUAUCCCAAAAAGGCAAUUUUAGUCUACGGAAAUACCAACAGUCUUGAUUUGGCGGCCGUCAAUCAAGAAAGAAAAUAUAAGAAACAGAUGCUAAACGCCAUCUUCAGUACGGUCUCCUUGUGUCAGAUGUCGUCUUUGUAUGUACCUUUAAGUACACCGCUCUUAACAAAUCAGUCAUGCAUGAAAUACUUGAAACCUAACUUACAGCUUCCAUAUCACACCAGCGCGCUAUUAUCAUCAGCCAUCGAAACUGCAUGCCUUCCAUUCCGGACGCGUUCCAACUCGACAACUAUGCCGAAUUUGCUGGAUCAACUGAAUUGGCGCGGAGAUACAAAAAUCGCCUCGCUAGGAGUCGCGUUUCCUCUACCAUUGUCCAUAUAUGGCGACGACGUUGACCUGAGCAUAUCGACAAGUAAUGGAAAAGAUGCUUGUCGCAUCAAGUAUUUUAGUGCUACGGAAGAUGAUAACCAUAAGUUGGAGCCCAUGUUUUCACAAUCGGUGGUCGUAAGAGGAUUUCCUGAAGUAUUUGUGCCUGUAUCCAAGACGGUAUGCAAGAAACCAGGCGACGUCAAGACAAAACUCUUUGACAAGUUUAAUUCAUUACGCUGUGCGAAUACAACAAACUUUGACGUCAAACUCGCCUACCCAAUCCCAUCAUCGUUUCCACAAAUGUUCAAGUCUCUUACUGUUGACGGGUUUAUAAACGUGUCGGGGGAGCCAGCCCAAAGAAAGGUAAAAUCGGUUCCCAUGCUGUCUCAUCUUACAAUCUCGUACCAGCCUCGGCACCUGUUGGAGCGAUACGUGAAUGUCUUGGAAGGAUUGAAUUUCAAACUAUUUCCCGAAUACGCGGAAGGCACGUGUGGGCUGACAAUGGAAGACUUUUUGCAAGUCAAAGAAUCGAUAUUAGAGUUACGAGACGUUUAUUCCGAGGACUAA